AUGUCUACCACUGAACCGGAUCCUCCGGCACCCAAUGGCACAGCUCCCACUCCCGCCUUGGAUCCCACACCCGCAGCCUUACCUAUUCCCACCACUUCAUCUACCACUCCAACCCGUCCCAGUCUUCUCAAAAGAAUAUUCAAACGACGAAACCGGGUGCAUAACGAUGAAGGUGCUCAAGACCAAACCGCUGUGCAGAAUAACUUCAUGGCAAAACACGGUGUGAAUAAUGGAGCGGCUCCUGGAGCAGCUCCAACUCUUGCAGAAGCUGAAGUAAAUAUGGGAUGUUUUCAAAAAUUGAAACAUCGGAUCGCGAAUUUUACAAUAGAUCCAUCUACAGAUAUGUUUUAUUAUUGGACCUGUUUCAUAACGGCUGGUUAUAUUUAUAAUCUUCUUUUUAUUAUUGCUAGACAGGUUUUCAAAGAUUUGAAUGGUCCAACAAGUGUUUCACUUUGCUCCAAUUCGACAGUUAAUUCGAGUAUUACUCUAGAAUGCUCUUAUGAAAUGUUGACUAAUAUGAAGGUGAGCUUUUUACAAUUGGAGAAAAAUUAGGAUUCUUUGAGCAGACUAUUGCUCAGAUUAAAUGAAAAAUUCAUUAAUCUAAUGUUACCAGGCUAUGCCAACUCUCAAACCGUACGAAGACAAUGGUUGGGCAAAACACUGGAAUAUUCGACUUGGUUGGUUCAUCUGUGAUGUUUUUGUGGAUAUCAUUUAUGCGAUUGAUUGCUUCUUGAAUUCAAGAAUGGGUUUUCUAGAACAAGGUUUAGUAGAGCGUGACAUCGAGAAGAUUCAUAAGCGGUAUUUUGCGAGUCGUGAAUUCAAAAUCGAUAUUAUCACGUUGAUCCCAUUGGAUUAUCUACUAGGUUGGCCAUUUCCGGUUUUCACGAUAUGGAAGGGUAUUCCGCUGAUUCGAGCGAAUCGAUUAUUGCGAGUCGCAAGAGUCAAGGAGUUUCUAGAAAGAACUGAAACUCGAUCUUCGAUUCCGAAUGCUUUUCGAGUUUUGGUGGUUGUUUGUUAUAUUGUGAUUAUUAUUCAUUGGAAUGCUUGCCUUUAUUUUUGGAUCUCUGAAUUUAUUGGAUUAGGAACUGAUAACUGGGUUUAUGGGCAUCUAAACAAACAAAGUCUUCCUGAGUAAGUUGACACGUCAUAACUCAAUUUACUUUCUUUUUCAGCGAUGUUACGGAUACCUUGCUCCGCCGGUAUGUUUAUAGUUUUUACUGGUCCACUCUUAUUCUGACUACUAUUGGUGAGGUUCCGAGUCCUGUUCGAAAUAUUGAAUUCGUCUUCGUCACUCUUGAUUUAAUGUGUGGAGUUUUGAUCUUCGCUACAAUUGUCGGUAAUGUCGGAAGUAUGAUUUCAAAUAUGAGCGCCGCGAGAACAGAGUUUCAAAAUAAAAUGGACGGAAUCAAGCAAUACAUGGAGUUACGAAAAGUUAGCAAGCAACUAGAAAUGCGAGUUAUCAAGUGGUUUGAUUAUCUUUGGGCGAACAAGCAGAGUCUUAGCGAUCAACAAGUUUUAAAGGUCCGGAUUUUCAUCGAACAGUUUUCAGCUAAAACAAUUUUUUAGGUUCUCCCCGAUAAAUUACAAGCUGAAAUUGCUAUGCAAGUGCAUUUCGAGACACUUCGAAAAGUUCGAAUUUUCCAAGAUUGUGAGGCUGGAUUGCUUGCAGAAUUGGUGCUGAAAUUGCAGUUGCAAGUUUUCUCACCGGGUGAUUAUAUUUGUCGAAAAGGAGAUAUUGGAAGAGAAAUGUAUAUUGUGAAGAGGGGAAGAUUGCAAGUUGUGGCAGAGGAUGGAAUACAGGUUAGAAGUUUUGCCACGUCACGACCAUACAAGGCGUCCGUUGAGUCAGACGCGAGACGACGAGAGUAUUUUGCAAAAAUAUCUCGAAAAUGAAUUUCGCUUCGAGAUAUUUUCAAUAAAACAUGUGUUCCUUGAAACAAAAUACGGUAUUUUUUCAAAGGGACACAUAUUUUCUCAAAAAUAUCUUGAAGCGAUGUCUUUCUCUAAACUAAUUCAAACACUCAUCACAUUCUCCACUCUGAAAUCAAAAAUAGCAUCAAAAAUCUAUUGAAACCUUUCAUGAACAAAACGAUUAAUCUUCCAAGCCUAAUUAUAUCGAGGUACUGUAAAUCUAGUAUGAGCAAUACGUUUUCCAGGUGUUUGCCACCCUUCAAGAAGGUUCUGUUUUCGGAGAGUUGAGUAUCCUGAACAUUGCCGGAAGUAAAAACGGAAAUCGACGUACGGCAAAUGUCAGAUCAGUCGGCUACACUGAUCUUUUCGUUCUCAACAAGAAUGAUCUUUGGAAUGCACUUCGCGAAUAUCCGGAAGCUCGAAAAUCGCUGCUCACGAAAGGACGUGAGAUUUUGCGAAAGGAUAAUUUGUUGGAUGAGAAUGCGCCGGAAGAGCAGCAAUCGGUUGAGGAGAUUGCGGAGAAUUUGAAUGGUUCGGUGAAGGUUUUGCAGACGAGGUGAGAGAUUGGAAGGUUGAUUGUGACGUUCAGAGCAAGUAUCUACUUUUCAGAAUGGCUCGAUUAAUCGCCGAACACUCAAGCACUGAAACCAAACUAUUGAAACGUAUCGAAAUGCUCGAAAACCAUUUGGCUCGCUACAAAGCGCUCUCCACUCGCCGACAAAAACAUCUAACCAGUGGAUCAUCUCUAGACACUCAUGAUAUCGAUAUGCCAUCAACAUCUACCCAUCAUUUAACCACAACUAGACAUCAUCCCAGAUUACGACACGCACAAACACUCGAUCUUACAACUGGUAGUGAACAACAAGAACGAUUGCUCAAAUGA